AUGGGCCCCCUGUCAGCGCUUCAAGACGGCGUGUACGACCUUCUGGACCACGGUCCUUACCAGCGCCGCUUUCUGUGCUGCGGCAUCCUCUGCGUCACCGUGGCCCUAAUGCAGGAGUUAGCACUGCGCCUCAUCGGUCAGUCCGUGGACCACUGGUGCCGGCCUCCCGGGAAGUAUGGGAACCUCAGCACGGACCAGUGGCGCAACCAGUCCAUUCCGGUCGAGGCUGACGGCAGCUUCAGCGCGUGCACAAUGUACGAUCCGCCUGAGCAGGAUGAAAAGUUCGCCAACAGAACCGUCAUCAGCUGUGACAUGUGGAGCUACGCCAGCGACCAUGUCGGCAGCAUCGUGAGCCAGUUCGACCUUGUCUGUGAUCGACGUUUCCUGUACGAUUUUUCCACGAUGUUGCCGGUCAUUGGCUACGCGCUCAUGUCACCUGUCGUCGGCAUCGCGUCAGACCGCUUCGGCAGGCGACCAGUAACGUUGCUUCUCGCUAUCACAGUGCUCAUCUCGUCGAUAUGCUGCAGCGUGCCGACCAUGUACGCCUUCUUCGUUACCAUGCGCGUCCUGACCGUGUCCUCUGCAAAGGGCGCUUACCUCCUGACAUUCGUUCUCGUCUACGAAGUCACCGGGACCGAGUGGCGGCUGCUCUUCACACUGUUACAUUACGCCGUGGCCAGCACCGUCGUACCACCGUUUGUGGACGCUAUCGCUCUUAUGAGGCCAAGCUGGUCUCUCUCGCACGGUUUACUCGCAGUCCCCACCCUCGCAUUCGCGCUUUGGUGCUUGCACCUGCAAGAGUCACCGGGCUGGCAGGUGGCCACGUGGCGCCUGCACCAGGCCGAAGCGAACGUUCUGGUGGCGGCCAGCCUCAACAGAGGCCUCGGCGUGGCCGCGGUAAAAUCUACUGUAGACAAAACCUUUCAGCGGCUCAGGAAGAUGGAAAGCAUCCUGGAGCAAAUGGCGUCCCCAGUGAGGAGUGGCGGCAUCUUCGAGACUGCCCUGACGCGACGCUCUGCGACCGCCGCCUUCUUCACCAGGUUCUCGAUGUGCGCCAUCUACUAUGGCAUCAUGAUCGCCGAGCCACUGGGCGACCACAUCGUCGAGGUGGCGCAUGUUGUCCUCACGGCUGCCGCCUACGGGCUCAUCGUGGACUACAUGUCCAACUACGGCAUUCGAAAGACGCUCACGGCCACUCUCAUAGCCCUGUCCUGUAGCGGGUUGUCUGAGGCAGUGCUGACGGUCGCCGAAUACGGCGCGGCUGUCGCCGUUGUACAUGCCGUGACCAAGGCUCUCGUCUUGUGCGCCAUCGGCGUGCUGAUGUGCUACACGGGCGAAGUCUUCCCGACGCCUCACCGCAGCGCCGGCGUCAGCAUGGCGUUGUUUUUCGGAGGCAUAGGCGCGCUCACCGGCAUGUGCAUCGCGAAGUAUACCGGUGAAGAGACUCCGCUGGUGUUCAAAGCGUUCGUAGCUGCCAUGGCGCUGUGCAGCGUUGCGGCCAUGCAGUGGUAG